AUGCCGUGGCAGGAGUUUGCCAAAAACAUGUCCAAGGAUGCUUUUGAGCUGACUUGCCUGGGGCAUCAGGACCUUCGCGCGGGAAGCUGGGUCUCACUCAGCAGGCCUCACCUAGCUCAUGCAUUACAUUUCAACUUGAGACCUCACAUUGGUCCCAGUUUUGCUACUCCUGGAGCAGAGUUAGGCGAAGAGCUCUCUCCAAUACCAGUGAUCAAUGUGACGGAAGGUGGCGAGGAAGAGGAUGAGGAGAACAAUGAAGAGAACGAAGAGAAUGAAGAACCGACUCCUUGCUGCAAGGGAGGAGCCCAUGUUGGUUGCACCGUGGAAGCGGCAGAUGUCAAAGACUUCCCUGACCAUUCGUCCAACAAAGAAAUUGAUUCGGCAAAAUGCCACAAACCUGUCGCAGUUGGUGGACGGCAUCGGCGAAGACGAUGUUCCGGACCAUCCCGACUUAGAUGCAGGCCAUCCGAGAAAGUUGACUUCAAGGUCAGGUAG